UUCAGUCUCACUCAAUCGCACAACAAUGAAGGUUUGGCUUAUCGCUAUUCUUCUGGCCGUCGCUGUCACAGCAGCUGUUGCUGAAGCCAACGUGGCUGUCACAGGUGUCACUCGUCUUCCAGAAGCCGAUGCAAAAACCAAUGAAAAUGAAGAUUACGAGACCAGUGGCAAAGAUGAUGAAGAGAACGAUGAAGGCUCGAAUGAAUCUUCGUCUGAAGAACACGACGAAGAGAACAAGAAAACACAAGUAGCUGUUAAAACUUGCGGGGCCACUACAACCCACAAACCGGUAGCUGCCACGAAGCCCCGGCCUUACACCCCGACUCCAUCGUACGUGAAACCCGCAUACGUCAAGCCCACCUACCAAGUGGUAACUCCAUUUUACAGACCUGCUGUCACCACUGAAGCUCCGAAGACAUCAACAGUGUCCGGCUACAUCAAGACGGAUGCCCCUGUCCAAGCACCAAAAUACAUUAAGCCGGCCGUUGUUGAAGUUAGCACGCCCAAGUACGUGCCGAUCUCAUUCGAAAAGCCAGUAGCCACUCCGGCCGUGACCAUCCGAAAAUCCGGAUGGGUACGCGCUCCUGGAUACAAACUCGGAUACGCCAGAGCGGAGAGCACCAAUCCAGCUGUUGUUGGACCGCUGAAAUACACAGCUCCAGCCACGGUUAGCGAAACAGUUACGGUUGUCACGACAACCAAGUCGGAUGAGAAGCCCAACGCCCCUCGUCAGACUUACCCCAAGUGGUUUUUCAAAACCAAAUCGACAGGGAACUAAAAAGCCGGUCGUUCAAAUCGUAGAUUAAAAGAAAUACGUGUGUAUGUGUGUGUAGUAUGAUUAUGCAAACACCUUCUAGCUACUGUGUUAGUUGAAUUGUAUGGUAGACUGCAUAUUUUUCGCACAUUUGCCUUCACACAUGCCAUUUUUUUGCAGGAUAUUUAUAAACAUGUACUCCGAGCUAAAUAUAUGAAAGAGUCUAAACUGAA